GUUUCUCAAAUGGAUCCAGAAGCUGCACGGAACGCACGGGAUUCACUCGAUCUGGUAUUUCAUAUGUCAAACAUUCUUGACACUGGGCUUGAUCGUCACAGUUUAUCCGUUCUGAUUGCACUCUCUGAACUGGGUUUCAAUCCUGAGGCCUUGGCUGCUGUAGUUAAGGAGUUUCGUAGAGAAACACCGGCUUCUUCUUCUGUCCAAUCAUCCGCUCCAUCAGCAUCUUAG